AUGGCUCGAUCGCCGGAAAUAAAGAUGGAAGCCAAAGUGCACAUAGCAGAUACGCCAAUCACUGCAAAAAAUUGGCACCAACAUGUCAAUUGGCUGAAUGUGUUCAUGAUCAUAGGGAUUCCUCUGUACGGCUGCAUCCAAGCCUACUGGGUUCCUCUGCAACUGAAGACAGCCAUAUGGGCGGUGGCAUACUAUUUCUUCACCGGCCUGGGCAUCACAGCUGGAUACCAUCGCCUCUGGUCCCACGCCUCCUACUCCGCCCGAUUACCUCUCCGAAUAUGGCUCGCAGCCGCCGGUGGUGGCGCGGCUCAAGGCUCCAUCCGGUGGUGGUCUCGCCUGCAUCGCUCGCACCAUCGAUACACUGAUACCAGCAAGGACCCGUACUCCGUGAACAAGGGAUUCAUGUACUCCCACCUGGGCUGGAUGGUGCUUAAGCAGAACCCCAAGCGAAUCGGCCGAUCGGAUGUGUCGGAUCUCAACGAAGACUCGGUUGUGGUCUUCCAGCACCGUCAUUACCUGAAGGUCGUGUUUGUCAUGGGCAUGUUUGUUCCCAUGCUUGUUGCCGGCCUCUGGGGGGACUGGUGGGGCGGGUUCAUAUACGCCGGCAUCCUAAGGAUUUUCUUCGUUCAGCAGGCUACCUUCUGCAUUAAUUCCUUGGCCCACUGGCUUGGCGAACAGCCGUUUGAUGAUCGUAACUCUCCGCGCGAUCAUGCUAUCACUGCGCUGGCGACGCUCGGCGAAGGUUAUCAUAACUUCCAUCAUGAGUUCCCGUCUGACUACCGCAACGCGAUCGAGUGGUAUCAGUAUGAUCCUACGAAAUGGACGAUCUGGUUGUGGAAACAAGUCGGGCUGGCGUACGAUCUGAAGCAGUUCCGGGCCAACGAGAUUGAAAAGGGUCGGCUCCAACAGAUGCAGAAGAAGGUGGAUCAGAAACGGGCCUUGCUGGAUUGGGGGACACCGCUGAGCGAGCUGCCGGUCAUGGAAUGGGAGGACUUUGUCGAAAAGUCCAAAACAAAAGCCCUGGUUGCUAUUGCUGGUGUGGUCCACGAUGUGACGAGCUUUAUUGACGAGCACCCGGGUGGCAGGGCCAUGAUCAAGGUGGGGAUUGGAAAGGACGCGACGGCUAUGUUCAACGGUGGUGUUUAUUAUCAUUCCAAUGCGGCUCAUAAUUUACUCUCCAUGAUCAGGAUUGGAGUCAUACGUGGGGGGAGCGAGGUUGAGGUUUUCAAGCAGACGAGGAAGGAUCAGUCUGCAUAAGGAGGAAUUUAUUAGCG